AAACUAACCCCUCCAUCAAAAAACCGCUUUUUCAUAACCAAUACUCACAAUCACAACAACAACAAAAAAGAAAAAAGAAAAAUGUCGCUGAUUCCAAAUUUCCUCAACCGUCGAUCCAACGUCUUCGACCCAUUCUCGCUCGACGUGUGGGACCCAUUCGAGGGCUUCCCACAACUCUCCUCUCUCUCCAACUUCCCCUCCGAAACGUCGUCGUUCGCCGCCGCUAAAGUGGACUGGAAGGAGACCCCGAACGCGCACGUGUUCAAAGCCGACGUGCCUGGGCUGAAGAGAGAGGAAGUGAAGGUGGAGAUCGAGGAGGGUCGGGUUCUGCAGAUAAGUGGGGAGAGGAGUCAAGAGCAGGAAGAGAAGAGUGACACGUGGCACCGCGUGGAGCGGAGCAGCGGAAGGUUCUCGAGGAGGUUCAGGCUGCCGGAGAACGCGAAGGUCGAGGAAGUCAAGGCUGCUAUGGAGAAUGGUGUGCUCACUGUCACUGUGCCCAAAGAGGAAGUCAAGAGGCCUGACGUUAGGCCCAUUCAGAUUUCUGGUUAGGAAAUUAAGUCUGAGAUUUGUUUUGUUGUGUCUGGUUGUUUUUAUGGUAAAUAACGGCUUCGCUUGUUUUCGUUAGUCUCGUGUUAUGUGUGUCGUUUUUGUGAAAAUCGGUGUUUGGUUUGUUAUGUAGAAGAAGAACUCUUAUUGUGUAAUUAUAUAUGAAUGGAUAAUGCUACUUAUUGAGUAUUAACUCUGUUUCUAAUUCUAA